ACCUACUCCUCUUCAGAGCAUGGGAAAGCUGCUACGUGGAACCAGGGGAGCACCUUGGAAACCCAGCUCUUAUGGUCUUCCAGGCACGGCGUAACGGUAGAGAAACAGGAGAGCCCAGACUUUCUCCAAGGAUUCAGAAGAGAAGAUGAAUGAGAACCAGCAACAAAGUAGGGCAGGGGAUUUCCCGGUUCCUGAGUCUCACGUGAUAUUCUGGAUGGAACAAGAGGGAGAGCCACGUGUCCAGGAUUCCCAGGACUUGAGGGAAGCGGAGCUGCCAGGAGGCACCUGUGCAGCCGCCGAUGGAAGUGUGAGUGAGACCGAGGGGGAGACGCCCCAAGAGGGAGGCGCUGAGCCGCAGGGGCCCGUCUCUGAAAGCCUCAGGGGGGCUGUCUCGCAGAGUCCCAAUCCGGAGAAAGCUUGCGAGAGUCAGGGCCGGCCGGAAAGGCAGCGGAGAAAGACCCCGGGCAAGAGGCUGGUUAAAUCUGCCACCCAGUGCGAGAAAGGCUUCCGGAAACUCAAGGACAUCCUGGUGCUGCGGCGAUCACAUUCGCGGCUGAGACCCACCAUCUGCAGCGAGUGUGGCAAAGGCUUCAGCCGGAGCUCCGACCUCAUCCGGCACCAGAUCACCCACACCGGCGAAAAACCUUACACCUGUGCCGACUGCGGCAAAGGCUUCAGCCAGAACUCCAAUCUGGUGACCCACCAGCGCAUCCACACCGGCGAGAAACCCUACCAGUGCAGGGACUGCGAGAAACGCUUCAGCGAGAGCUCCGCCCUCAUCCAGCACCAGCGCACCCACACUGGUGAGAAGCCCUACAAGUGCGGGGAGUGCGGGAAGCGCUUCAGCGUCAGCUCCAACCUCAUCCGCCACCGCCGGACCCACACCGACGAGAAGCCCUACAUAUGCAUCGAAUGCGGCGAGAGCUUCCGCCACAAGUCGCAACUGAGACGGCACCAGAAGCUGCAUACCGAAAAUAGGCCCUUCAUCUGUAACGAGUGCGGCAAGAGCUUCAGCCACUGGUCGAAGCUGCUGCGGCACCAGCGGACUCACACCGGCGAGCGGCCCAGCACCUGCAGCGAGUGCGGCAAAAGCUUCAGCCAGAACUCGCACCUGGUGCAGCACCGGCGCACCCACACCGGCGAGAAGCCCUACCGCUGCGGCGACUGCGGCAAGAGCUUCAGCUGGAGCUCCAACCUCAUCCAGCACCAGCGCAUCCACACCGGCGAGAAGCCCUACCAGUGUGGGGAGUGCGGCAAGAGCUUCACCCAGAGCAAAAACCUCAUCAAGCACCAGCGUACCCACUCAGGCGCCCGCCCCCACCGCUGCACCGAGUGCGGCCGCGGCUUCACCCAGAGCACCAACCUCCUCAAGCACCAGCGGCUCCACGCUGCCCGUCAGAGCCAGGCCUGCCCCGAGUGCGGCCAGACCUUCCGUGAGAGCGCCGAGCUGGAGCGCCACCGGGCCGAAGCCCAUGGGCACGAGCCCUACAUCUGCGUGGAAUGCGGCGAGAGCUUUGCCAAGAGCGCCACACUCAACCGGCACAAGAGGGUCCACAAGCCCCUUUUCGUGCGCUGAGCGAUGGAUGCGGAGCGGGGCCGUGCCUGUCACGUGACCAUGUACGGCAUCAAGAUGCACUCAGUGGGGUUCGGCACGUGGCUGGCCGCAGCGUUGCUGCCUGCAAAGCAUGGCUAUGCCUGUCAUGUGACCAGCCCCAGCAUCGCCAAACGUGGCUGUCCAUGGUAUUGAUGUGUGCUGAGCGGGGCCCUCCACCGUAUCGACGGAUGUUGAGCAUGCCCGUGGCCCGUCAUGUGACCUUCCAUGAUCUCAAUGAGCACUUAGCGUUGGCAAGUCACGUGGCUGUCUAUGGCGUCACAUGGCCAUCCACUAGAUUGGUGCGGGUUGCCCAUGGCCGUCCACUCUAUCAACGCUGUGGUCAAACCCUUGGAAAGCAGACCUCAAAAGACUCACAGGGGACAGAGCUUCAGAUGUACAUAAGGUGGGGGGCGGGGACCAGGGGUGGGGUGGGGGGAUGUUUAAGGUAGAAGCCAUAAUACUCAACAAGGCAACCGCCCAUCCUAGGGAAGCCAGCAUCUAGGUGUAGGGGAGGGCAUCCUCUCCUGGGGAAUGACGUUAAAAGCUGGAUUGCGGAUGAGGAGGUGCCUCGGGUGUAGAAUAAAAUUCUGCUGUUUUGGGGGUGUA